CCCUGGGGGAACGGAGGAGGGGAUGGCGGUGGGUGCUGAGGUCAGGGGUGCGAGGACAGAGAACUAGCUCUCUCGCUCAGGAACCCCCAGCCAAGGCCUCUCUCCCUCCCCAGGGUGUGUGUCCCCGUGCGCAAAGACCUGGACCUACCGUGGGUAGGUCCCAGAGCCCUGCAAUCAGCCCCAUCCCCUAGCACAUGCAGCACAGUACGGCUCUCCUCCUCGUGGCGGCCCCUGCAGAAAAAGGAUCCUCAUCAUGAAAGGCCUUCUGCUGCUCACCCUGUCUGCUCUGCUCUGCUGGGUCUCAGCUGACAUUCGCUGUCACUCCUGCUACAAGGUCCCUGUGCUGGGCUGUGUGGACCGGCAGUCCUGCCGCCUAGAACCAGGACAACAGUGCCUGACCACAAAUGUGUACCUCGGUAAGAUGUGGGUUUUCUCCAACCUUCGAUGUGGCACACCGGAAGAGCCUUGUCGGGAGAUCUUCAACCAAACCAACCACAAGCUGGGCCUGAGCUAUAACACUACCUGCUGCAGCAAGGACAACUGUAACAGCCCAGCCCCUCGGCCCACCCCAGCUCUGGCCCUUGUCCUCCUGACCUCUCUGGCUGGCCUUGGCCUCUGGCUGCUUCACUGAGACUCACUCGAUGGCCGCCCCUCCUCCCAUCUGCCUUAGCUUGAGCUCAGCCCUGUGUCUCCAUGUUCCCUGGCUCCCUACAAUGAUCUCUCUUUUGCUCCCUUUGCUCAGAAAACAUUUCUUUGGACUUUUCACAUUUCUUUAAUUAGACAGUGGUCUCCCUACCCAUCCUGCCACCUUACAUCCUCCACUCUGCUUUUCCUGAGUCCCUGUGCAUGUCCCUUUAGACCAUUCCAAAUCUUCCCCAGAUAGAACUUCUCACUUUUCCUCCUGCCUUACUCAGGGAGCAAUGGGGACCUGGGCCUGAAAUUGGCUUUUGUUCUGUCCCCAGAGAAGGCUCCCAAGAAGGAUUUGAUGAUCUCACUGUAUGGAGCUGAUUCCCCAAACCUUGGCUCCCAUACAUACCCCGUCCUUAUGCUCACUUCUUUCCAUUUUGAGUAAUAAAUAUCUAUGUCUGAUAAA